AAGAUUUUUCAUUUUUGUUAACGCGGAGAAGAAAAUUAUUGGGCUGAUAGAAUAUUUUACCGACGGCUAUAUAUUGAAAAACCAAAAUAAAAUCUGGAAUUUCAACGCCGUCAAUUGAAAACCACCCCGCCUCUAUACUCUGCGCGCACAUCUGCUUGAUUUUGGGAAUCCCAAAUAAAUUGUACACAUUUUGUGUUUUUGAUAACUUAUACGUACAUUUAUAUAUAUCCACAAAACAACUCACAAUAACAUAUCCAGGCAUAUCUAGUCAAUAAAUAUUUAAACUAAUUAAGACAAUCAGCAAGAGCAUAAAAAUACCAAAGGAAUCUUUUUAAAUUUCAUUUAUGGAUCUAAUUGGGAUAACAAAUGCAAAUCAGCGCGGCCAAGAGCAGCAAACAGUUAGUACAGCCGAAGAUUUCGAUGAUAAUUCGUCAGAAUUGUAUUACUCCGAAGAAUCAGAAGAUGAUGAUCCAACGGGAUUUGGAUUGUAUGGUAAAAUCACAACAGCACAACUCAGAGAGGCUUUAGAGGAAUCAGUAACUAUUGCGAAGGAUCCAGUUCAACAAAGCAAACUCGAAAUAUUUUUGCAUCAAAACUAUGGAGACCGUAUAGUCUAUCUGGAGUCUACGGAAACAAUUGAAACUUCCGGAUUUCCAUACAUUAUAAUGUUUCAAAGUUUUAAUGAACAUGCCCGCGAGUUACGUUGCUACACCGAUAUGCUUUAUCAAUCCGCACUGCAAUACGAAGAUGACAUAUGCUUCGCCAUAACAGAUUUUGAUAAUUAUGAAGCCGUGCUGAAUCAUAGACCACGCACUGAAGCGUACUGGAAGCGCUGUAAAAAACUUGGCUUUAGUAAAUACCGACGGCCGGAUAUUUAUGCAGUGGACACAGAAAAUCGCAUUUAUCAAUUCGUUGGACAGCUUAAUGUAGAUAACUUAAAGCAAUUUAGUAGUCAACUAAUGAAUGAUGAGUUAUACAAAAGUGAAACAAUACCAAAGGACGACGAAGAGGGAUUUGUGCGCAUAGGCGUAGCAAGUAAUUUUGAGCAGUUGGUGCUUAAAAGUGAUAUUGAUAUAUUCCUAGUGCUAUAUAGUAAUAAAUGCCCGUGUUCGCGAGAAUUAAUGCCAAUUCUGGAGGAAGUCGGAAACCUUUUGCAAGAUGAAGAUAUAAUAAUAGUGAAAAUAAAUGCAGAAAAAAAUUAUUUACCAUUAAAAUAUUAUGCUUGGUAUUAUCCAACAAUAUUCUUUAUAAGACGGAACGAUAAAAAUAAUUUAAUAGAAUAUAGUGCAGCGACGCGUACUGUCACGGACAUUAUUAACUUUAUAGCCAAACAUGCUACAGAUGAUCUACUGGAAUAUAACAGAAGUGGUAGACCUAGAUUCGAUUAAUAUUCAUUAUUUUACAUCCUUAUUGGUUAGUAUGGUUACUAUUGAUACAAGCGCCAAAUUGCGCAUAAUAAAUAAAACAGCUGAUGUUGAAAGAAGAAAUCAAAAGCAAGUUAAGAAUUAUAAGUGAAACAACUGAAAAAAACAGUGUAUACGGCCGAUUACGGCAAAAUGUAAAUUUCGUACCUAAAUAAAUAUGUAUAAACUCGAAA